CAAAGCAUGUCGCUCAUACCCUACGCCCCGGCCGAGUCGCGCGAGAUUGUCCUGCGCCACGGCUCGGCAGUCGUCGUCUACGACCAGCACUCCAAGCAGCUCUCACUCCGCGACGCCUCGCACAUCACGGCCCUGGGCUCCACGUCAUGUCCCUACUGCCACCGGCCCUACCGCGAGCCCUCGCCCCACGACAGCGACAACAGCGACGACCACGAGCACAACAAUGCAUCGGGCGUCCCUACAGAAAAUGGCUUCGUCAACCCGGCCUACUUCCAGAUGCUGCGCCGGAGCCAGCCAACAUCGGAACAGGGUUCGCGCCCGCCGUCGCCGCAUAAACAACUAGCACCUGCGCCCAUGCGCAUGAACGAUUUCCAUGCGCCUGAGGGUUCCGAGUUCCUGGGGAGCACGCCAGCGCCGCCGCCGGCGGGGAAGAGCCAGGGCAUAUCGGCGCGGGCGUUUAGUCCAAACUACUUCAAGGACUUUUUCGUAGAGGAGCGCGAGUUGGGCCGCGGAGGCAAGGGCGUGGUCUUGCUGGUGCAGCAUAUUCUCGACGGAGUCCAGCUCGGCAAGUUUGCAUGCAAGCGCGUGCCCGUGGGCGACGACCACGAGUGGCUGGAGAAAGUGCUGGUCGAAGUGCAGCUCCUGCAGACGCUGUCGCAUCAGAAUCUGGUAUCGUACCGCCAUGUCUGGCUCGAGGACUACCAGAUAUCCAGUUUUGGACCGAGCGUCCCGUGCGCCUUCAUUCUGCAGCAGUACUGUAACGGCGGAGAUCUCCACAGCUAUAUUCUGGACUCGGUCAAAAAGUCCGUCACCAAGGAGCAGAUGAAGGAGCGGCUCAGGAGGAGAUCCAAGGGCCAGCUCGAGGAUCCCGAGAACAUGCAUGGCCCGCGCAAGAUGCCCUUUGAAGAGAUUAUUUCCUUCUUCAAGGAUAUCACGUCUGGACUCAGCCACCUCCAUGCCAACGGAUACAUCCAUCGAGACCUCAAGCCGAGCAACUGCCUGCUGCACCACACAGGGCACAAAGUCCGGGUGCUGGUCAGCGAUUUUGGAGAAGUACAGUCGACGAAUAUGACGAGAAACUCGACGGGCGCCACCGGAACCAUUUCCUACUGUGCGCCUGAGGUGCUGCGUCAGGAGCGGCCAGGCGGUGCGUUUGGCAACUUCACGACCAAAUCGGACAUUUUCUCGCUCGGCAUGAUUGUGUACUUUAUGUGCUUUGCGCGGCUACCGUAUCGUAAUGCAGACGGUAUAGACGAGGAUAACGAGGACCUGGAUCAGCUGAGAGCCGAGAUCUCGACGUGGGCGGGCAUAGACGCCGAACAGCGCGUUCGCUCCGACUUGCCUGAGAAGCUGUACCGGUCGCUCCGACGUCUUCUUGCGCUCGAUCCUGACGAGCGCCCCGGCGCCGAAGAGAUUCUACAUGUCCUCAAGUCAUCACUGGUGUUUGACGAGUACAAUACAUAUCCAAGCCCGUCUGGACUCGACGAGUUCAGCCCUCGCAUAUCGCGUGCUGAUACACCCAGCCCGUCGCCUACGCAAACAAGCAAAAAGCGGACUUCAGCCAACUAUGCUCGUCCUGGGCCGUCGAACCUCAGUGCCACUGUCAAGGACCGGUCACCCAGUCCACCCGACGUGCCGCCGAUGAGGAGAGAGUCGUCCGGAGACGGAGCUGUCAUACUGCGAAGGAAGCUGGACCUCCCACCUCCGUCUGCGGACGGGAGGACGACAUCGCCGCAGCGACUCAUGCUGCCCCCUCCCCCACCACUCAACACCAUCUCAAGGCUCUACCGACUAUCUCGCAACCCGGCCGCACUCGGCCUCACAAAAGUGGCUUUGUUCUGCGCAAAGGCGUUUAGUCUGCUUUCCCCGUGCCAGCCCUUUGCGUCUGAUGCGCGUAUCCUGUACCCGUUGCUGUGUCUCGCAUCUAUUGAUUUCCUGCAUGUCAGCUGGGUGGGCAGGCUCAUGGGAAGGGAUUUCAGCCUGGGCGCAAUGGGUGUCUCGCUAGUGCUUUUGCUGCUGCAUGUCGUAGUGCUCGGGGUCACGCUCAAGUGGGACAGACUGUGUGAAAGGAGGGCCAUGGUAUGGGAUGGCAUCUGAGGGCAUGCGCACGUGUGCAGUGCAUGGAAGUGGGAUGGAUUGACUUCGAGAUACCUUUGCAUUAUUACUGUUUUCCAGCGCCGCCGCCGUGGACACACGGGCGGCAGCAAAACCACCAUGCCUAGAACGAAUACAGACG